ACCGGACCAGGGGGCGGGCCGCUGCCGUCGGUCCCGCCCGGCUCGCGUUACCUGGGCGGGCCGCAGCCCGGCUCUUCCCGUCUGGCCCGGCCCCCGCGACGGGAAGUGGGAGCGAGGGACCGUGCUCGGCCGGCGGAGCCAUGGACCUCGCCGCAUCCCCGGUGCGGGAACGGCUCCUGCUCGCCGUCUGCUGGGUGCUCGCCGGGGGCACGGCCGCAGGAGCGAAUGUUCUCCCACCUCCAUCCAACCUGGAAUACUCAUUUAUCCAAAUUUGCACCCUGAACUGGACGUGGAACCCCCCAGAUAACGUCAGCAGUGGCUGUGACCUGGAGUAUGCCAGCGAAGUCGUGAUUGAUGAGGUCCCUCAGAACAACAGAAAAUGGAGCAAGAGCCGCUUCCGUGUGACGGAUACGUUCUUGAAUGAGGAAAUGCGUUUCAAAGUGAGAAGUGAAUGCAGGAACGCCAACACCAGCGAGCCCAGCCGGUGGCUGGAGGCCUCUCUCCUGCCAGAAGGUAUUCCGGGUACUGCUGCUGUCGACUUGAGCUGUGUUUGGCACAACUUGGAGUACAUGGGUUGUACGUGGCGCCCUGGGAGAAAUGCAAGUGAUGAGACCAAUUAUAGGUUGUUCUACUGGUUUGAUGGUAUGAAGAAGCAUGAGAAGUGCAGCAACUCUUCUGUGCACCAAGGAAUCUUUGGAUGCAUUUUCAAUCUUAGCUUCCCAAAAGUGACCAAUACUUACCCAUCUAUAAGGAUUCUGAUUAAAGAUGAGUCUGAAGAAAUUAGGCCUCUGUGUGCAAGUAAAAACCCCACCACCCUGGUAAAACCUGCUACCCCAAGACGAGUGACACUGUCCAAGGUGAAUGAUGAGAUAUAUGUGGAAUGGAGUGGAUCAGAGCCCUUUCCAGAAAACUGUUUGUUUUACGAAGUUGAAUAUCACAAUGGUGACAUGGACAACGCGCAGUUAAUCAAAGUUGAAAGUAAUUAUACCUCAAUUCCUAGUGUUGAUCCUAACAGCAAGUACAUCUUCAAAGUGAGAGCAAAACCAAAGCCUGAGUGUUACAGCAGCAACCUCUAUAGUGACUGGAGUGAAGAGGAGAGCAUUGGCGAGAAGAUGGACUCUACAUUCUCCUUUGCUUUGAUAGUCACCAUUCCGGUAAUAGUAGCAGUCUCUACAAUAAUUCUACUGGUUUAUCUGAAAAGGCUGAAGAUACUGAUUCUUCCACCAGUUCCAGACCCUAGAGAAAUUCUUAAGAGUAUGUUUGGAGAGCAGAAUGAGGAUUCCCGGAGCUGUGCAAAGGAUGAUCCUGUGAAUGCUUAUGACCGGUUAAUAAAGGAAGAGGAAAUUCAUUCUUUAAUUUUAAUAGGGCCUCCAGAGUGCACUAAUUCUGAAACAGAAAACUGAUAAACUGUGCUUUACCAGAGAAAGGUGAGGAAGCUCAUUCCUGCUCCCGUACCGCAGGUGACAAUGAAGAUGUGAAGAGGCCUCCAAGACAUUCACCAACUUUCACCUUGCUGAGUCCUCUCUGAGCCUUACUUUGGUGCUCAGAAGAUACAUCACUAACAGUGGCCAUUCCUCCAUCUCUGCUAGAAAUACUCAUCUCAGAUCAUUCACGAUGAGCAUGUACAUAUAUUUCAUGUGACUGCAUUGCAGCAUCUCUCCUGGCUCCAGCCAGCUCUGCCCUGUUGCUUGUCAUUUGCACUGGUUUUGUGCCUCAGACUGGACUGUCAAUGGGGUUUUUUGGAGCAAGAACUGUGACUUCUCAGAAGUAUUUGGCUCUGUUCUGCAGUGGAUGAGCUGGGGCGUGUUUCCAGUGGGUGGCUCCUUAGUGCUACUGUGGAACUGCUGCCAGGUGGGAUGGACAGUUUGUGGACGGCCUGUUCCAUGUGCACCAGGACACUUGCAGGAGGACAUUUAUGGACUGCCUUUCUUAUGCUUCUGGUUGAUGUGUGUCAGCAGUGGCCUGGCAACCCCCAUUAGAGAGUUCUUUACCAAUGUGUGUGAAAAGCCUCACCACUUUCCAGCUGACAUUCAGACUAUUCAUGGAGAAGGCUGCUUUUUGUCAAGUGCCUCUCCUCAGAUGUCUUCAUGGACUCCUUGGCUUGAUUAUACUUUCUUUAAUAUGAUGACUAUAACCUUUCCACUUGUGCAGUGGCAGGUAACUGUAUUGAGUCUCAGCAGACUCUGAUUCUAUCUUGGCCACAUUGGCCUGAAAACACCUGAUUUUUGGAAGCUAAGUUAUCCUGAGUCUGUGCAGCAUCAUUCCCAGGAUGGAUGCAUGAGUCUAAGGAGUGGUGGUCAGAUGAGCAAGUGCCAAACCAUAGAACUGAAUUAAUUCAAAGGCUUCAAGAGCCACCCUCACUGCUGAGCUGAUGGAUGUGGGUUAAGAGGGGAUGACUGCCUUGGUCUGCUUUCUAAGAGAUAAGCUUUAUUCUUCCGUUAGUGAUGGGGCUGGGAUCCGAGCUUCCCCUCUAGGAGCUUAGCAAUUGAAAACCAGGUGCUGAUUUGACUUCCUAUCAAACCAAAUUUCUGCUGUGUUUUGCUGCAGCAGCUUGAUGACUUUUAUGAUUAAUUGAUUUGAUCCUUUUCUGAUGGUUUUGGUUUGAGGUUGCUUUACCCAGCAAAGCUCAACACGUGUUCUCUGGCACAACAGUGACAGUUCUCUGCUAUGCAUUCUGAGCACUAGUUUUUACCCUGCAAGGGUGUUAACAGCAGUACCUUGAUUGUGCUGGAGCAGAAAGUAAUGUCAUGGAGAGGAGGGGAUCCAUGGGGAGAAGGGGAUCCAUACAAGCUGCCUAUGGUUAGUGUUCAGGAAUGUCUUGUUCCUCCCAGCUAAGUGCAGACACGUUAGUCAUUGAUACAGUGGGUCUCAGCAGACUGGGAAGAGAUGUGCUCAGGAGCCUGCCAGGAGCAAAUUCCAUAACCAGUGACCUUUCAAAUUUCAGCCCUGUCCUCAAACUCCAUUCAGGCAGAAAUCUGGAGUGAAAUGUUAGAGCUUCAGAACACUUUGCUCUCCGAGAAGUAGAACAGAGCUUGCUUUUUAGCUACACAUUUCCAUCCUUUACCGUCCUGCGUACUCCCUCCCUCUCAAGGC